AUGCCUCCUAAAAAACCCAAAUAAAUUGAUCCUUAAUUAUAAUAGGUUUUUUAUUAAAAUAAAUCAUAGGAACAAUUUGAAAAAUGGAAAGAAAGUGAUGAAUUUAGAGUUUGGAAUGAACUUAAAAUGAUCUCGAAAUCCUUAGAUACAAAUAUUUCUGAAACAACUAAAGAUUUAACAGGAAAUUGGCAAGUAAAUCUUAUGUUAAUGUAGAUAUAUCAUAACAAAUUGUUUGAAUUGUGCUAAGUCUUUAAGUGCAAACCUAAAUUUAAAUAUAUAGAUCAUGUUCAUAUUCGAAGUGCUUUCUUUGCUCAAGAAGAUAUUGAAAUAAAUAAACAAAUCAUAAAACAAUAUAUUGAUGGAAUAUAUUGUGCUGUAGAGAAGUUAGAUAAAGAUCGUGGAAAUCAUGUUAAAUAGGCAUUUGCAAAAAUAUAUAGAAGUAAAUUAUAUAAUAACAAUUUUAGCUUUGGAAGAUCAUAAGUUUUUAGAAAUGAGUGCAGAAAAUUAUCAGGCUGAAAGAAAAAACCUAUAAACUUUAUUGAAUGAAUUUGUUAAGAAAUUACCUAUUCUAAUUAAAAUUAGUCAUAAACUUAUAGAAGAACGUUUAAUGCAAGUUACAGCUCCUUUAAGAGCACUCUUAGAAAUUAAUAAGAAAUUAAUAUUCUUUGAUUUGAGAAAUAUUGCACAUAGAGAAAGAAUGAUAAGAGAUUUUAUAUUGAAAGCAGAUAUUGAAUAAUAUUGUAUUUGCUUACAAGAAUGUUAAAGGAUUUUAUUAGAAUCUUAAGCUAUUAAAGCAAAUCCUAAUGUUAAACUUAUUUUUAAUAAAUUAGCUUAUGAAAAUUGGUAAGUUAUCUAUUAGAUAUAUAUAUAUUAGGCAAAAUAAUAAAAUUGAGUUUUUUUAUCUUAAACCAUUACUUGAUGCAUUUGAAAAGAUGAGAAGAAAUUUAUUCUGCUUAAUGCUCAAAGGAAUAAAUUUUUAUAAAGCACCCUUAAUGGAAAAUUAAGUAAAUUAUAUUAAUAUUUAAUAGUAAUUUGUAAUUGAUAUUAAUGAAGUCAUAAAGGCAGAAUUAAUAAGUGAACAUUUACUUGGAUCACCUCUCAAAAGAGACUAAAUAAAUUUUGUAUUUAAAGUGUUAAACAUUAUUUAUCAUGCCAAUCCAUAAGCAAGAGAAUUUCUACUUAGGAAAGAUGAAAAUUGUAUGAAAGGAAGUAUUCCAAAAUUAAUUGUAUAUCAUACAAUAUUACAUAUGAGAAUUUGGAAGGAUAGAAAAAAGGAAGAUGAAUUAAAAUAAUAGAAAUUAGAAUAAUAAGACUUAUUAAAGUAAACCUAACUUUAACAUUCAUAAUUAUAAAAUAUAUAAGAUGAAAAUCUGGCUAAUACUUAAACUAGUGUUUAUAUGUCUCCAGAAAAGAAAAGAUAAUUAGAAGAAGAAUAAAAAAAAAAAGAAGAAGAAUUAAGAUUGGCUGAAGAAACAGCAAGAGAGAAAGAGUAAUAAUCUUUAAUGGAAAAGUAUGGAAGAUAUUGGUUAUGGGAUUUUUAUUGUACAUAAGAAAAUAGAGAUAUAUUUGAAGAUUGUGUGGAAAGAGUUAGACAUAUUAAUGUAGCAGUUUAAUAAGAUAUUGAAGAUGAAAUAAUAAAAGAAGGUAUGAUACCAAAGUAAUUCAAUUAUUUCAAUCCUUUAUAGGAUUCGUAACAGAUAAAUUUAAUAAAAUGAUCCUAGCUUAUUAUUUAAUGAAUUACGUAAGAAAGAUUAUGAUAAUUAAUAUGUUUUAAUGAGAAGACCUCCAGAAUUAUGGAAUUAUCCUAAGAUAAUUGAAGAAAAACAUUAAUUUAGAGCAAUUGCUGAUCCUAAAAAAUGUUAUAUAGAUUAAAGAAUCGAAAAUUUAGAAGAGAGAAUAAAUCUAUUAGCAAACCAUUUAUAAACAUACAAACCAUAAACUUGGAAAGAAUUAAUUGAAAGAGUUGUAGAUGCAUUAAAGGAAACCUACAUUUAAGAACCCAAUUAAAUUGAUGAAUAAUGA